AUGGGUUUGGAGCGCAUGACGCUGAUGCAAGUGGGACUUGUGCUCUUCCCUUUGAUUUGCAGCCUCCUGCUGGUGUCUGGCUGCAGCAGUGGUUCCUACGAGUCAAUGAUCAGCCAGCUCUGCCUGGCCAGCUUCAGACUGGACAUGGCUGGUUUGGAUCGAGCUCUGUGGUGCAGUUGGCCUCACACCCUGGAGCCGUAUGAGGGACUGACCAACUGCACUUACCAGGUGGCGUUGAGGAUGGACUGCUUCUGGCCCAAUCACGUGGUCGACCGCUUCUUCAUGCAAAUACACCACGAAUACUUCCACGACUGCCCGCUGACGGGCCGGCUUAUCCACGACCCGCCGAUCAGCAUCCUGGGCCCGUUCAUCGCCGUGCCUGUGUUGGUCACGCUGCUGGUGACGGUGCUGGUGGUGUGGAGGAGUAAGCAGAGCGAAGGGGUUCUUUAA